UUCGGGAUAUUUUUCGAACUAAAGCUACCAAUAAUUAUCAGAGCGGUGUGGUUAUCAUUAAAUUCCAUUCUCCACUGGACCGCAACAGAACACUUCGCGCAUUUAGUGACUACAGGAAAAAAACUAAGGCUGUAGUCUCUGUUUCUGUUGCAGGCUUCGAAGGGAAAUUUUCUAUUUUUGAGAGUUUGACCACAGAAACGAGGAAAUUACUGCACGAGGCCAUACGAUUGAAAAGAGCGGGGAAGCUGCUGUCUGUAUUUACGUUGCGAGGUGCUGUCUAUGUCAGAGUUGACAAAGGUUCGUCAGCUAUUAAAAUUGAUGAACGUAAUGACUUGCAGAGGUUUUCUUGCUAAUCUGUGUUCUUUUUCUUUUAUUCUAUAUUCUUUUAUUCUUAGCUUAAGUAUGUUUAGUGUUUUGCUAGCAUUUGUAAAGAUGGUUCAUAGUGUUAUUGCGCUUUUUACUAUAUUUAUUAGUUCUUAUUCAUACCUUGAAGUUGCUUUUGUUCACUUGCUUUAUGGUGUCUAACAGCAAGAUCAAUAGCAUUGAUGAUAAUAGUCGCAUUAUGUUAAAUGUUCUAUGUAAUCAACAGAUAGGGCUUAACAUCGUCCAUUUCAAUGUUAGAAGCUUAAACAACAUAAAAAUGGAUUAUGUUAGAUAUGUGUUUACGUCCUCUGCAGUUGAUGUUAUCUGUGUUUCCGAAACAUGGUUUCCACUUGAUGUUAGUGAUGUUCAUUUUAAUAUAAAUAAUUAUAAGAUUAUUCGAAAGGAUCGUGUCGGUAAAAAGGGUGGUGGCGUUGCUAUUUAUUGUAAGACCCACAUCAAUAUGAAACUUGUCGGCGAGUCGGAUAAUGGAGGGGUUGAAUAUUUACUUGUUGAGUUGUCUGAUCGUGUGAAAAAGUGCCUUGUUUCAUGCGUGUAUAACCCUAAUAAAUUUGUCAGUAUAAGUCCUUUGUUUGAUAAGUUGUCCAACAUUGCUGUCGACUACGAGAAUAUUAUACUUUGCGGUGACUUUAAUAUCAAUCUCCUUGCUGGUGAUUCAUUUUGUUCUUCGUUGCUUGAUAAUGUUGCAAGCUUAGGUCUUUCGGCUGUUAACAUCUCAAUGCCAACUAGGUACUGUCAUAAUUCUAGUCCCAGUCUUCUUGACUAUUUUAUUGUUUCUGACCGUUCUUCUGUAUUAAAAUUUGACCAAAUUUCUUUUGUCUCUGAUCACGACUUGAUUUUCUGUUCUCUUGAUAUUAAUUUUAAUGGUGUAAGAGAAGAGAAACUGUAUGUAUAUCGAGACUUCCGAUCGAUUGAUUUGGAUGCUUUGUAUCGUGAACUGGACAAUGUAAACUGGUAUGACUGUUGGUAUUUCGAAUCCGUGAAUGAAAAACUUGAACAUCUAAACAACAAAUUAUUAUCUGCGUAUAAUACUUAUGUUCCAUUACGCUAUAAAAAAACUACCACAUGCCAUUGGUUUAAUGGUAAAGUGCGGGAAGCCAUCAAGUCCCGUACUAAGGCUUACCGCACUUGGAAGAGAAACCGUACAACAGCUAGCUGGGAUGCUUUCCGCGUAGCUAGAAAUAAAGCCACCUUGGUACAGGCCAAGGACAGAACUGAGUGUAUGUUAGAUGUUGAAAGUCUGAAUGAUGUGUUUCUUUGUAGUGCCUUGUAUGUCACAAUUCGCCCCAAAUCCUACGUCAAUUACGUAUUUGAGCGUACCUAG